AUGCCCACUAGCCUCGAUACUAUCAACAACAGUAUCUCCAUCAUCGACGGUUCUUCUUCCUCCAGUCUUCACGCUCGUUCCUUUCGCAACUCUGCCCCCUACGCGGACCCUCACGCCCAGGACCCCCUUCAGCUCGUCUCCUCCGACGACCUCUGCCAAAACAGGACCUUCGAGGAUGGCGACUACUACUGUUCCCGCGUCGACCAAGUAAUUUACACAAACGUCGCUCACGACGGUGACUACCGUGAAGUCGCUUACAUGAACGACGAGACAGGCGAGUGUCGUUUUGCCGAAGUUAACCACACUUUCUCAGGAGAACUCGCCCCGUUCAACGAACCGGUCGCUCUCAUCUUCCGUGGCCCCAUCCACCUCAAGCAACUCGGCAUUUAUACCCCCGACGGAACCACCUACUCUCGCAUCGGCCACUACAACGCCGCCCAACAGACCACCAAGGGAAUUUCCUUCCUCGGCAACCGCGGCGGUGAAGGCUCCGGCGCAGUCAGUCAAACCUUUGGCGCUUCCCUUUCCUUCAUCAACCCCCACGCCACCGGCGGGGCCGCGUCUCCCCAGGUUCUCGCCAACGAGGUCAUCACGGGUGAAUUCGUCGUCAUGACAGACCAGGACUGCGAUGGUUCUUGCGGCUAUGUCCGGCCUGGUUCCGUGGCUAAGAAGGGAUUCCCCGGUACAUCCCGGAUCUUCCUCAUGGAAUUCUCCAUGCCUCACACCGGCGGAGCCGACAUGCCCGCCAUCUGGCUCGAGAACGCCCGCGUCCCGCUGACGCAACAAUACGGCGCUUGCUCAUGCUGGACUUCGGGGUGCGGCGAGUGGGACGUCUUUGAGAUUCUGCAUGCUGGGUACGAGCGCGCCGAGACAACGCUCCAUUUGGAUCCGCCUGCUGGUGACGCGAAUUGGUUUCAGCGCCCUGUUGAUCAGAAUGCUCCGAUUAAAGUGGUUGUCUGGUUUGAUGGGGGUGUUGAUGGGGGUACUGCCAGUGUGAAGAUCUUGGGGGGGAGCGAUGGGGUAGUGUUUGGGGAGAGACUUGCGGAGGAAGAGGUGGGAGCGCUCAAGAAGAGGAGUAAGGGGGUGGUGAGUGAGAUUGAUUAUGCGGUUAGGAGGGGGGAGGCGUGA